GUCCAUCAGAGGCCAGGAGAGGCAGCAGCUUUCCUUACAAGGAGUUUGGCAAGGGCUCAGCUGGCGAAAGUCUCAGGGAACGGGAGUUCCUCUUCCUCUGCCUCAUUCAUUCAAGUCAAAUCGGAGUGACCUGCAGCUGUGGGGAGCAAGCAGACGCCUCUUUGUUCCCAGCGGUGAGAGAGAAGGGGGGGGCCCUCCUCGUUGCUCACUCCCUGCUUCGAUUUGGGGAGGGAGGCCUUGGAGAGGGACUCUCGGCAGCCCGAAGGUGGAAACAGUUGUGGAUGUGUGGCUGUCAAGUGACUGUAUCUUGCCAAGAGGUCCCAUGGCGAUCCAGCUCUAAUCUGAAGGUGAGCUGCUGCUGCUGCUGCUGCUGCUGCUGGUGGUGGUGGUGGUCCAUUUUUGCUACUUCUUGGUAGCUCCGUGGUAGAGCAUCUGCCUUGCAUGCAGGAGACCCCAGGUUCAAUCCCCAACAGCAUCUCUCCAGGUAGGUCUGGGAGCAUCCUCCCUCUGAAAUCCUUGAGAGCGGCUGCCAGUCAGAGCAGGCAAUGCUGAUCUAGAUGGACCUGGUGGUCUGACUCAGAAUAAGGCAGCUUCCCAAAUCCCUGUGACCCUGAGGCCAAAAGGAAGGAGGGAAUGCAUGGCACCUGUGUCAUGUGGGGUUGAAUGGGGGAGGUGGGAAGAGUCAGCCAAUGGAUUUAAGACAUAGGAGCAUAGGAAUCUGCCUUACACAGAGUCAAACCAUUGAUCUAGCUCAGUACUGUCUAUACUGGCUGGCAGCAGCUCUCCAGGAUUUCAGGCAGAGGGCAUUCUGGCCUUACCUGGAGAUGCAGUUCUGCAUGCUGCACAGAUGCCCUUACCUCUGAGACAUGGCCCAUCUUCCAAAAAUAGGAGGAAAAGAGAGUUGAAGGCAUGAUUGAGGCAUAGAUGUCCUUGCAGGGCUUUUUUUUUGUUUUUUUAAAUAUAUUUUUGCUGCACUGUCUUCUCUGCUUGAACAGGUUGUAUAGGCUUCUACAGCAUUCUGCUUGUUCUAGUUACUUUUUAAAGUUAUCUAUCAAAAUAAAUUAAAUCUCCCACUCUACAGCCAAAAAGAAGAAGAAGAAAGUUCUCAGAGCAGCUUACGGCUGACUUUUUCUUUGGGGGGGAAAAAGAAAAAGACAAGGUUUGCAAUCUAAAAAGACACAACACUAAAGGAAAACAGAUCAGGAGGGAGGAGGAAGAGUAGAGCACAGGAAACAAGGGUGCAUACUCUGGGCCUUGGUGCAUCUCUCCUAUCAACCUCAAUACUCUAUGGAAGAAAAUAUUGCCGGUCACCACCAGACUUUUAGAGAAUUAUUGACUGGACGAGGGGAUGAAUUGUUGGCCUACCUAUUUGCAGCUCCCAGACUUUCAUAUUCAGGGCUAACUCUGGAUGUCAGAUAUUGUAGUCAGACAUCUCAGAAGAGCUAUAGCCUUGGCUUGUGAGCUUUCUAGAGGUAUCUGCUUGGAAACAGAAUGCUUGACCAGGUCAGUGUCAGUCUCACCCAGGAGGGUUUUGACAGAUGUCCCUUACUGUGUUGGUGUGAAACCUGUUUACAGAAUGCCAGUCACCCUUUGCUCACCUAGCCUCUACAUUUUUCUCCCCUCCCCUCAUAACUGUUGCUAGCUGUUUAGAUUGUAAGGUCCUUGGGGCAGUGACCUCCUCCCUCCAUGAAACACCAUUUAAGUGCAUCGCUAAUGAUUUAAAAUCAGGGACCUUGUCAGCUUGAAAGUUGUAAGGCUGCAACCUGGGAGCUGAGAUGCAAACAGGAGCUUUACUUCAGCCAGUCAUCAUCGCCUGGACUUAGCCUUGGACCCUGUUUCCAGAUCCAGGGUUCUGCGUCAGCUUAUGGAAAGGAAUGACAAACCAGACAGUGCCUCUGGGCUUGUGCAGAAAGUUCUGCUCCCUGCCCACAAAGCAAGCCCUGAAGAGUUCCCUUCCCACCUAGGAAAGGGCGUGUGAAACCCAGUUCAGAGAGGUGGUGAUGGGGAUGGGAAAUGCCCAGGUUUGAGAACAUUUGUGCUUCUGGCUAACAGUUGUAAGAGCAGGAAAGGCUGUUGGUUUCACAUGUUGCUCAAGUGGUUUCCUGGAGACCAUCGUGGGAAGCAGAGAUCCCUUAAUGAUCCCCAGUUUGCCAGGGAUGAGUGUAAUUUUAUGCCAAGGACAGAAAAUUAACUCAUCUCAUGAGAACUGAAGUCCUUGAAUGAGUCAGAUGUUCCUUGUUUUUUAUGAUGACCAGACUUGAUCCUCAAAGCCUCUUAUUUUGUUAGACAGGAGAUAGUCAAGAGUUCCUAAAAGGAGUUAAGAGUGGCAUGAAGGAGGCAUCGUUUCCUAUGAUGAACACACAUCUUCAUUUUGACUUGUACCCAAAGCUAUGCUAAGCCGCUCAUUCUAUUAGUGCAAGGAUUUCUGCUUGUGCAACAGAAUUUUCUCUACUUCCCCCCAUAGAAUUACAGAUUUGGAAGGAACUCUGAAUGCCAUCUAGUCCAACCCCCUGCAAUGCAGGAAUCCUGCCCACAGCUGUUCCUGAGUGGGCUUAAACCACCAGCCAGAUUCGUUGCAGUCCCCAUGCACCCCCUAAACCUGUUCUGGGGUUUCCCCCCCAACCCUUCAGAACAGAUUAGGGGAGGGUGGACAGCACCUGAGAUGAGAGGGGCAAGUUCUGUUGCACAAGCUGAAAUCCUUUUGCUAAUGGAACAAGGGCUUCAAAUAAUGUUCUUUGUCCCGCCGUCAUCAUCGUUGGUCAGUCUCAAGAUCUGUAGCACAGUGGCAGUGCACAUGCUUAGCUUGCAGAAGGUUCAGUCCUCAGCAUCUCCAGGUAGGGCAGGGAGACAGCCGUUUUUGAAAUCAUGGAGAGCCACUGCCAAUCACUGUAGACCAUUGACAACUAACAUGGUGCCCUUUGAAUAUUGUUAGACUACAACUCCCAUCAGCCUCAGCCAACGUGUCCAACAGGGAUGAUGGGAGCCCAGUGAAACCUGGAGGGUACCAGGUUCACUUCCCCUGAUGUAGACUAUCCUGAGCUAGAUGGACAAAAUGAUAAAAGUCAGCUUCAUACUGGGGAGUGACCAUAACUCAACGCUAGAACAUUUCUCUGCAUGUAGGGGAUCACCAGUUCAAUCCAUGACAUCUUCAAGUAGGGCUGGGAAGGACUCCUGCCCCAAACCCUGAAGCGAAUCAACACUGAGCAAGAUGGACCCAUGGUCUGGUGUGGUAGAGAGCAGUUUCUACGUUUCUAAGCAGGCUUUGGAAGCUAUCAAGAAACCUAUCAUGCCUGCUGAGCAGAAGCACAAAUGGGAUUUUGUGAACACCCCACAGCAGGGGCAGCCAACGUGGUGCUCUCCAUAUGUUGUUGGACUACAGGUCCCAUCAGCCCUGGUCAGCAUGGCCAAGGGUACAGGGCUGAUGGGAAUUGUAGCUCAACAAGAUUUACAGGUUUGCCACGUUGGCUACCCUGACAUCACAGACUUUGAAAAUGUCAUGUCAGCUCCGUGGACAAACUCUAGUCUUCAUUGACAGUGCAUAGCAGGGCCGUGUGGGGAUGCUGUAACAGCUUGGUUUUCACAAUUUCAGAAGAAAGAAAUUGUCCUAGAAAACAGUAAAUCACACCAUUUAUUUAUUUAAUUUGAAAAUAUCACUUAAUAAAAAAAAUUAUCUCCGAGGCAAUCAAACAAAACAUUGGUAUCAAUUCGUAGAAAGGUACAAGCUUUCCUAAAAGCUAAGGAAAAACAGACCCGAACUACAAAUCACAGAUUAAACUGAGCAGCUUACAAAACAGAUAAUUAAAAAACUUAGAGUCCAAGUCCAGGUAAUCUGGAGUAAACAACAUAUAAGUUUUCAUGAGGUGUUCAAAGGUCAUUACCAUAUCUGCCUCCUUAAUCACCUGAGGGAGAACAUUCCAGAGGGUGCAUGAUGUCAUUGAGAAGGCUGGCUUCUGUGACCACUGGCUGGUUGUGGAAUGAUCUGCAGGGACUUCUCAGAAUAUAUUAAAAACCAGCUUGGUAUGUACUACGGGGGGGGGGUGGCAGUCCACUAAGCAUCCUGUCCCCAGUUUACUUCUACCUUGAACUUCAUAUCCACCAAGGAAUUAGUGAACAUGCUUGUGCUUCUGGCAGCAUGCCUGCUUAUUGUGCAAUUAAGAAAAACCAAAUUAUUAAAAUUAUUAGAAUUGUGUCCUAGGGUUGCCAUAUUCUCCAAAGUGAAAAUCUGGUCAAAGUUGUUGGCCGUUAUUGGGAACAUCUCUCUUUUUAAAUCACCCCACUUGCCCAUAUGUCCAGGUUUUCCCAGACAUUUUGCCGAUUCAGAAAAAAUCCGCACGGACGCCAUUUUUGAAGCCUGAUUCCCGUACAUAUGGCAGCCCUAUAUCUUGGGGGCUGUAAUUUGUUAAGGAUGCUGAGAGUUGGAGACCUUAGUCUCCUUAUUCCCCUCCCAGAGCUACAACUCCAAGAGUAGUUUAACAAUCAAUCCCUCUCCCCAGGAAAUUCUGGGAAUUGAAGCUCUAGCAGGGGACCAGGUGUCUCCUACCAACUCUCAGCACCCUUAACACAUGACAGCUCCCAGAAUCCUUUGGGGGAAGCCAUGACUGUUUAAAAUGGUAUCAUGGUGCUUUAAUAUGUAGUGUGACUGUUACUUGAGGCUGGAAAGAAACGAAACGAACUGAUUACUACCGGCAGAUGUCCCCAAAUUUGAUUCUUUUCCCACAGCCAGAGGAUGUCUUCCAUGUUCAGCAAGACUCGGACGGCCCACUGUGCGAAUGAGCGCCAUCUCCACACCUUUCCCCAGGAAUGCAACGUGGCCAUAUUGGGGUGUCAAGGAUCUGGAAAAUCAGGUUAGGAGAUGUUGGGGGACCUGGGAGUAGAGAGGGGGAAGAAACUGUAAUUCAGCUCACUUGUAAAGUUGAACCUGUUUAAUUCGCACAGGGAGCAGCACAUUCCCAUUUCUCCUCAGGUAGUGAAAUGGGACAAAACCCCCACCCCCACCCCCAUUAUAUCACAGCUUUCUUCCAUCCUGGAACCCAAAGUGAUGUUCAUGUGGUUCCCAGGUGCUCACCUAUCCAGGCACUGAUAAGACUAUGAUUGUCUAACUUUUGGCCCUCCAGAUGUUGUUGGAUUCCAUCAACUUCCACCAGCCCCAACCAGUGCACCCAGCUGUCAAGGAUGAUGGGAAUUGUAGUUCAACAACACCUGGAAGGCCACAGGCUGGCCACUCCUCAAAUACACCCCGAUCUGCUUUAGCUUCGGCAAAGUGAUGGUCCCAUGGGCACUCACAUCAUGGGGCCAUCUGCCGCAGUAGUCCCAGCUGUGGUACUGCCCAUGCACCUGCUCAAAAGCGGAACUGGUCUCUCUCUCCAUGUCUACUGCUUGCAGGCUAGAAGGUAGGUCUUUGCAGGAUAGGGUCCCAAGCAGAAGGGUCCUUCCUUGUGUGCAAAACUGAGGUUUUCUCAUCCAUUUCAGCAAUAAAAUAAAAUAAUAAUCUUGCUCUUCUGUGAGGACUCACUGCUGGAACUAAGUAUCUCUCUCUUUCUCUGGUUUCUUUCAGCGUUGACAGUGAAGUUUCUAACCAAGAGGUUUAUAAGUGAAUAUGAUCCUAACCUAGGUAAGAAGACCUUGCUCUGAUCUCAUGGAUUCCCCUUGCACCCCUUCUUCCUCCUUCCUCCUCCUCCUCCCCUUCUUCCAAUGUUCAUUUUUAAAUCAGUCCUUUAUUCAGAACCAUGAGGACUAGAAUCUUGCUUUAUCAUUAGGGGAAAGCUAAUAGAUGAGUGAUAUAGUACAUGCUUUGCAUGCAGAAGGCCUAAGGUUCAAUCCCCAGCAUCUCUAGGUAGGACUGGGAGAGUUCCCUGGCUGAAACCUUAGAACUCCUAGAAACAAUAGAAGCUGCCUUAUCUGGAGUCAGGCAUGGGGCUCAUCUACCUCCAGAUGCUCAAAAUCCAAAGAUCUGCUUGUGCCAAUUUAUUUAUUUAUUGCAAAAAUAUCCCACCUUCUCAUCCGAGGAGCUCAAGGUGGUUCUCCCCUUCUUCACUGAAUCUCAACAACAUCCCUGUGAGGUAGAUUAGGCUGAGAGGCAAUGACUGGCCCAAGGUCACCCAGUGGUGAUUUGAACCCUGUUGUCCCAGAUCCUAGACUGACACUCUAAUCACUACACCACACUGGCUCUCUCUACUCUUUGGAAGGAAAGUUUGCUUUUCAAUUGGGUAACAGAGGGCAGUGGUGGAAGUGCCUCCCUACCCUCAGAGGAGCUUAUCUUCCACCCCACUGUAUUUCUAAAUGUGGCUCUGAGAAUAAGUAUCGCUGCAUGCCACCCCAAUCUCUGAUCGGUGUGAGAUUCCAGGGGCUUACCACCCAGGGUUCGUAUUUCCUUUUGGAAAUGAGGCACAGCGGAGACUAUGGUGUCUUUAUGAUAAAUGGUUUAUUUACACACACACACACAUAUAUAUAACCUGAGCCUACAAUGGAGGGGUUCACAGCAUUAACUAUUGGAUCAACUAUUGCUCUGCUUCUCUGGCUUUGCAGCUUGCUGCUUUGCUUCUUAGUCAACCCUAAAUUCAGGCUUUGUCCCUCUAACAAUCCCUAAGUUGUGGGAGGGGCCCCACCCUUUUGGCAUCUGGCACAGAGUCCCCUUUCCCUUGUUCUCUUAAUGGCUCAUCUCUCAGGUGAUUACCUCUUCAGGAAACUGGCCUGUCUUCUAUUUUAACACUUGCCAGGAAUUGGAAAGGGUAGGGCACCCCUGAACCCAUAACAGUAUUUAUGCAAAGACAAUUUAUCUGCCUCCCAGAUGAACAGAGCAAUAGUACUUUGAGAUCACUUGGGUCAGACCUACAACUCUCACCCACAAGGACUCAUCAGAGACACACAAAAGGGGGUGGGUUGUUUGUCCUAGAAGUGUCCAGUAAUAAUUAAGCAGAAAAGAGACCUGAUUGUUGGGUCUCUGGGGGACAUCAGCCACCGUUCCAUCUGCCUUCUUGGAGAAAUGGCGGGAUGGGGGGGGGAGAGAGAGAGAGAGCUUGUCCGGAAAUAUUCCAAGGUAUUUUAAGUUGCGAUGUUUUUUUCCGCCAUUGUUUCAAAACAAACUGCCAAAUUUAGAGCACAUACCAAGGGACGAAGCAGAGAUGGAAAACACUGAUUGUGUAGCAAGCAAAGGCAAGGCAGCCAGGAUAUAAAACGAAACCCUCCAAAUAUCUCUGUGUUGCUCUCUUUUACUUUUUGUGAGCUGGGAGGUUUGAGGAUGGCAUGCACAUUUCAUUGAAGCAGUGAUAGUCAGCUUUCCCCUGCCUGGUAACCUGAAGAGGUUGUCGGACUACAGUUCCCAUUACCCCUGACCAUCCCUGUAUGGGGAUGAUGGGAACUGCGGCCCAGUUGGGAGGCCACAUCUCUGUCACUCCUGUGCUACAGGGUUGUCCAGAUAGUGGCUACACUGACUGAUAUGGGCUCUCCGAGGUUUCGAUUUCCCAGCAAUUUCUGGAAAUGGCAGGGAAUUGAAAUUGCCAUCUUCUGCUGCUCUACCACAGACACAGAUCCUCUCAUGUUUUGCCAAGAACCAGUAAAUCAGGGGUGUACAUAGAAGCGGUGGCGGAGCUUCAUGCUCCAGCACCGGGGGGGGGGGGGGCGAAGAGCAGGUGGGGGCAGGGCUGGCGUGUGUCCUGGGGGCGGGGUGUGCCACCUGCAGGGGCGUGGCGCCCAGCACUCCCCCCACACUCCUCUUCCUCCGCCAGUGCAUAGAAGACACAGGAAGAAUAAGGGUACCAGAAGAUGGGACGCAGGCCAUAUCUGCACUACACAUUUAAAACAGUAUCAUCCCACUUUAAAAAGCCAUGUCUUCUCCUGAAGAAACCUGGGAGCUGUAGUUCAUUAAGCGUGCUGAGAGUUGUUUGGAGACCCCUGUUCCCCCUCACAGAGCUAUUCCCAAAAUGGUUUAACGAUCAAUUCCCUCUUCCUAGCACCCUUUACAAACCACAGAUCCCAGAAUUCCUUGGGGCAGGGAAGCCAAGUCUGCUUAAAGUGGGACAAUACUGCUUUAAAUCAAUAGUCCAGAUGGGGUCUCAGAUCGAAUGACCAAUCUGUGGUUUGGUUGCUACUUCCAAACUAUUGCAUUGAAAAUGUGUUUUUAAGGGUUGAGGGUAAGUUAAGUGCAGCAUCUGACAUUCUGCAGUGUGAUAAGCUAUACAGAGUCCCUUUUCUAUGCAACUUUUAAGGACACGAUUGCCAUGCAUUUCCAUGGGUUUGCUUCUGAAAGCAGCCUAAACACUAAUAUAGAUACCUGAUUCCCUCUCUUCCUUUUUUUAUUUUUAAACAUAGUCUAAAUGGUGCAGAAACAGCUCUAUCUGAAUGCACAAACCUGCAAUGUGUUAACUUUGGCAGGGGUCUUCUUUCUAAAAACAAAUGGGUCUGGCUGGGCCAGAAUUCAGCGCUCACGAUUACCUUGCGCUGCCAAUGUUAAACAUUUCCAGCAUACUUUCCCACUGAUUGCAUUCAAGCAAACGGGGCUGCUUUUUUUAAUAGGCCAACCUCAAAGGGGACGGCAAUGAGCCGCAAAUGAUUUAUGGCAAGUUAUGCAUGCAGGCAAAACCCAGGAACUCAUCUGAAGGCCUCCUCACUUUAAUGGGUUCUGUGUUCCCAAAUAUUCAUUCUUCAAAUGUCGGCAAUUAUAACCUUGUUUUCAACAAAAGGAAAAGGAGUGGAGGAUGCCGCUCCACCAGUUUUGAAGUCUCUGUGAAAAUAUUACUCUGCGGAAAUAUCUUGCUAGAUGAAUCACUGGGCAUUCAUUUAGCAGAGCAAUGAAAAGGGCAUGGAAAUGUUUUUUAAUUGGACCGAGAGAAUUUCCCCUUUGCUUUGAAGGUCAUUAUUGUCCAGAUUCUGGGGCAAUCCAGAAAAGAGGUGGGGUGGAAUUUCCAGUGUGGAGUUUCUUGUCCUCUGGGAUGCCCAUCCUCUGAGAUGAAAAUAGUCCCUGGUGACUGCAGGGAAAACUCUUCAGAAGAUGGAGCAAGGGGUUCUUUUGUCCUUGCAGAAUAAACUUUGCAACCCCAUGCACUGCUUAGUUAACCAGGGAAACUGUAGAGGGGCAAAGGAUAGCCCUUAGCUUGGUCAUGGGGCAUCUGCUUUGCAUGAAGGAGGUCCAGUGGUUGGGAAGGACUCUGAGCUGGAACUUAGGAGAGCUGCUGCUGGUCAGUGUGAACAAUACUGAGCUAGAUAGACCAAGGGUCUGACUGUAUGUAUGUAUGCAAGCAGGGAGAUCUCGCUUGAUUCUGGAGGGAAGGCUUAGUGGAAGAGCACACACUUUGCAUGCGGAAGCUUCCAGAUUCAUUCCCUGGCGUCUCCAGGUAGGGCAGGGAAAGACUCUCUGUCGGAAACCCUGCAGCCAGUCCGAGCAGACAAUACUGAACGAGAUGGACCAAGAAUCAGACCUGGAAUAAAGCAUCUUUCCCAUUUUUUUCCUGCUAAUUGAUGCAUCUGCAGAGAACAAGAGCUCAGGCUGCCAACGGCUUCAUCCGUGUGUCAGUGACAAGACAGUCGAGAUGUAAUCUUGCAGAAAUUCUUGGCAGGUGGCUAUUCUGAGUCAAGCCCAGAGGCCUGGGAUGGGGAGAGGAAAAUUUAGGAGAAAGCCAGAGAGCCCGGGUGUGUGUGAGACAGAAGUGACAAAGCUCUGGAUCUAUCAAAUCUCUUUCCUGAAUGUAGAGAUUCCAGGAAAGGGGGCUAGAGAUUAUGUUUGCCAGUUUGCCUGCCUGCCCAUCUAUCUAUCUAUCUAUCUAUCUAUCUAUCUAUCUAUCUAUCCAUCUAUCUAUCUAUCUAUCUAACUAUAACUGUCUGUCUAUCCACUCAUCUCUUUUCUUGAUUCAAGAGGAAACAUUCAGGCAAUAUUUCUACCUGCUUUCUCAGCAAGAAACAGAUCCCAGAUCCCAGUGUUUUGGCCAAUCAGUCCAAAGGGGACCAGAUGACUGUCAAGCACUUGACACUUUCUAGUUUUGCAUUUUUAACGUGACAGAGCCAGUUUAGGUUUGAAGCACAGAAGACACAGCAGAAGGCAGCCACUCCAGCCUGUAAGCCCAGGAAACAUCGCUGGUGCCUUCCAGGUGGCAGGAGACAAAAGACAUAUUGAGGGCUUCUCCUUGCAGCCAAUUGCUCAUCUAGCUUUGAUUAUGGUGGGAUGGAAGCAGGGCUAUCCCUACCAUGGGAAGCAGAGGGAAGGGUCCACUCAGGAGGCAGAGGCUGGGGGAAACAGGCAGUAGCAACAUUUUGGAAAACAGAGCUGUGUGGAACCCACAGUUCUGUCCCAUCACCAGUGUUGACAUAAGAUCAACUGCUUGCCUAAUUGGCUUCUGCCCAUGGAAUGGGAUGGAAUCUCACUUAGCCUCAAGCGGAAAAAAGUAUUGGAUGAAUCCUGGACAGAAAGGCUCCAUUCUGACAUAGCCUGUUGCUUGAGGGUAGCCGGGUGGAAAAGUGGAUGGGACUCCUGAACCUUUAAUAGUGUGUAGAAGAGAAGAUUUCAGCUGGUCAUGCAACUAUCAAAGGUGCAGGAGCCCAGUCCUCCUCCUCCUCCUCAUUAUUAGUAUUACUACUACUACUACUACUGCUGCUGCUGCUGCUGCUGCAUUUAUAUACUGCCCUAUACUCACAGGUCUCAGGGUGGUUCACAAGAUAAAAUCAUAAGAUAAAAACACAAAAUGCAUAAUAAAAAUAAGAACAAGAACAACCUAAUAAUCCCCCCAACACACUUUUAAAGGGCAUUGGAUGUCAAUCAGCCAAAGGCCUGGUUAAAGAGGAAUGUUCUGCCUUGCGCCUCAAGGUGUAUAAUGAAGGCACCAGGCGAACCUCCCUAGGGAGAGCAUUCCACAAAUGGGGGACCACUGCAGAAAAGGCCCAUUGUUGCGAUGUCACCCUCUGGACCUCUAAUAGAGGAGGCACAUGAAGAAAGGCCUCAGAUUAUGAUCUCAGAGUCUGGGUAGGUUUAUAUGGAGAGAGGAAGUCAUUGAGGUAUUGCAGUCCUGUUGACCACCCUAGUAAUGGCUUGGGUUUGGGUUUAGAAGCUGGUCUGCUUCUAGAUUAAUGCCAUUUUAAAAAACAUUGUCUUGCAGAGGACACAUAUGCUUCAGAAGAGGUGGUGGACCAACAACCAGUUCUACUGAAGGUCAUGGAUACAGCCGACCAGGUAAUGGAGAACUGAGUCCUGGCACAAAGGCUCCUUUGCAACUGCACCAUUCAUGCACUAUCUUACUGUGAACUUGAGCAUUUCUGUUCACCAGAGGCACACUCUGCUUUGGACACUGGAGUCAAGUUGCCUCUUUCUCCUCUUCAUUGCCCUGGAAUAUUUUUAAAGUUUAUUAGGGACAGUGUCAGGUAAAUAGAAUAGGGUUUAUUUUAAAACCAAGCUUCUUUUAAUUGCCUUCUUUUGAAAGGCAGAAUGACAGAAUAAAUGGAUGAAUGCCAAAGCCAGCCUGCAAGCCUAUCUUAGCACAGGAACAAAAUGCCCCAUUCUUAUAAGGCUCUGAGGAUUAGUUUGCCCCAGGCACAUCAGGAGUCAAAUUGCAUAAUGGCUCUUGUUUCUAAUGCUGCAAACAAUGGACAAAAGUGGGAGGAAGAGGAGGGGAGCUGCUAGCAGCUGGCCUGCAGCACCUUUCUUGUGAGUAACAGCCAAAGCAUUUUGAAAGUUUUUCAGUUUAGAAAUAACAAGGCACGAUGCAGAUUUUUGACAUUAUACAUGGUGUCUGGGGAUGGAGAGAAUUCUUUCUCCCUCGUAGCACUAGAAUGCAGGGUCACCCAGUGGCAUUCAUUGGUUGGCUGUAGAGGCGGAACAGAGAAAGGGAAGCCCUUCUAACAACUCCUGUGACCAACUUGCAGAACUCACUGCUGUUAUAAGUUGUGCUGCUGUCCUUAGUUGCUUUUAAAGGGGUGGGAGGCGGGGAUAAACAAAUUCCUGGAGGAAACAGCUAUGAAGUUUAAUUUAUUUGUUGCAUUUAUACCCCCCACCUUCUUCUGCAAAGAACCAAAGGUGGCCUACAUGGAUUACCCUCCUUCUUGAAUCCCAACAAAAACCUUGUCAGGUUGGUUGGGCUAAGAGGCAGUGAAAUUCUUAUGGGUACCGUGCAGUUGCUUCAUAGCCAAGUGGGGAUUUGAACCCUGAUCUCUCAGGCCCUAGCCUAACACUCUAACCACUACACCAAGAGCCAUUCAGCGUCCUUGGUGCAGUAUGGGACUAGGUUUGGGGAGACCUGGGUUCAAAUCUCACACAGCAGUUAAGUUCACAGGAUGACCUUGGACCAGUCACCAUUUUCCAGCCUACCCAACCUUGCAGGUUUGUUGUGAGGUUAAAAUGAAGGUGGGAGUUACCAGGUCCUUAAAAGCAUCCUUUUUAUUGUACUGAGGAGUUAUACCGCAGCCUUCCCAGGUGCCUGCAUUUCCUGUUCUGAAACAGCCCGAUGAGGGGAGUUGCCUCAUGUUGUCUUCUCAUCAUGGAUACCCAGGAAGGCUGCAGAGUGUGGACCACUGGAAAGAUGAUUUGUAGAAUGAAAUCACAAACAACCUUCAGCCACCCAUGAGAAUGUCAUUUAAAUUUUGUCUCCUUUUUGAGAAGGAAGAGCAGGAUAUGCAUGGGAUUGGUAAAUGAAUUUUCAAAUGCAAUUUAAGAACAUAAGACGAGCCUCCUAGAUCAUGCCAAUGGCCCAUCUAGUCCAACAUGCUGUCCUCAGUGACCACCCAGAUAGUCACUAAUAAUCCCCAUGUGGUUGGUUCCCUGCUAGGAUGUGCCAGUGAGCUGCGAGCGAUACUUGAAUUGGGCCAGCGCAUUCAUGGUGGUCUACAGCAUCGACAACCGGAAGAGCUUUGAGGGAAGCCAGCAAUACUUGGACAUCAUAGCACUGCACCUGAAAAAUGCCCAGCAUGAAUCUCCGGUUUUCCUGGUGGGGAACAAGCUGGAUAUGGAACAAUACAGGUAAUGCUUGAAGCAGGCAGCUACUGAGAUCAUUAAUGUUUACACUGACUGGCAGCAGCUCUCCAGGGUUUCAGGCAGUAGUCACUCCCAGCCCUACCUGGAGAUGCCAGGGAUUGAACUUAGGACCUUCUGGAUACAAGGCAAGACACUGUACCAUGGACUUAUGGCCCUUCCCCAUACAGUAAAUGAGAAUGAUGAAGAAGCCUGACGCUCCCCAAACAGGCUGCUUAGUUCAAAUGAUGAUGUAAAAUUGAGCACCCUAUAUUGGGACUGUGGGACUUCAGGUUUUCUGAAUCAAGUUUAAGAAAACCAGAACCCCACGAUUUAUCAGCCAGACCUAUGCAGUGGCAUACUUAAUUUGCAUUUUCUGAAAUAUGCAAACUGAAACUCAGACAUCUUUCAAAAUUCUCACUUCUCUGAAUUUGCCAUGCAGUUCCCCAGCCAAGAAAAGUGUGCAAAAUUCCUUAUGCUAGCAUGAAGUGUGCAUAAAAAUGCAUGCAAAAUAACAUACAAAAAUUCAUUAAAGAAGGGAAUAUAUUAGCGAAAGCAUGCUUUGCAAAAAUGUUGUUAUUAGUAGCAGUUCACACAAAAAUCUUAUGAAUUUUCUUGAGGACUUUAAAACAAAAAAACAAAUUCAGAAACUGAAGUGUGGAGAACUGAACUUAAUGAGAAAUGAGAAACAGAAAAACCAAAAUGGCCAGAUUCACCCACCAUCAGAGUCCCUAGCCCAGGCCUUGCAAUGCCUAGACCCCCAGAUCACCAUUUGAGCAGGGGUUGUUUGUAGGUCAAAUGGUCUGUUGGAGAGUGACCAUUUCUGAUUUCUUUUCUCAGGCAGGUGACCAAAGCUGAGGGGAUUUCGCUGGCCUCUAAGUACGGCUCCUCCUUCUACGAAGUCUCGGCCUGCCUGGAUUUUGAAUCUGUGCAGCACAUGUUCCACGAGGCGGUGCGUGAGGUGAGGCGGGAGAUGGAGAGGCACAUGGCGGUCCGCCCCUUGUUCAUCAUCGAGGAGAAGCCGUCCCUUCACCUUGUCCCUCCAGCCGCCAUGGCCUCCAAGCACAGCCUGGCCAGCUGCACCUACAACACUCUCUCCACCGUGAACUUCAAGGAAAUCCCUUCGGUGGCCCAGGCCAAGCUGGUCACGGUAAAAUCCUCCAGGGCCCAGAGCAAGAGGAAGGCUCCAACGUUGACAUUACUGAAGGGAUUUAAGAUCUUUUGAAGGGAGCCUGUAAAGGGCUGCUUCAGGAUGGGAGAGCAAGUUGGGGCCCUUUGCCUGACUGCAUUAACCCUCAGCAGCCAUCUUAAAGGCUGGUGUACUGGCCUUCCUUGCUUUCCGCGUGGUCUCUCGUACUAGAGCAAAGCAUGCUGGGAACAUAAGAAGAGCCUUGCCAAAGAUUCAUCUAGUCUUAUGGGGAAAACACAAGUAGCACAUGAGCGGAACAGCAACUCUCCCUAUUUGUGAUUCCCAGCGGCUGCUGUUUUGGGACCUAACACCUCCAACAAUAGUGGUUUUCAGCGACAAGGCUGCACCCUCCUGUUCAGGCUCCAGUUCAGUCACUGCUGUGCUGCUUUCUGCUCUCCCUCAACCCGGCUGAUCAAAAUCCUCCCCAGCUUCCACUGGGGCUCUCUACUCCUCGGGAAGGUCAAACGGGAAGAGCUGACAUCCCUGCUCCCCCUUCCAAAGUGACUGAAGUCCAACCCGGGUCAGCACCCCAUUUCUCCCUCCUCCAUCAGAGCCUGCUAUGCCAAUGCCAAAACUGCAGGGCUAACGGCAUUAAGCGACUGUGCCGCAUGCAGUUUGACCAGGAUUGAUAUCGACGCUGCUCCAAGACCUUUUUCAAAUUCUGCACCCAAUGCAUGGAUACCUUACAACCGGCAGAAAUUGCAUCGCAUACUUGCAUAGUUUUGUCGCUCUUGCAAAGUUUGUCUGCAUUAUGAUUGGCAUUUUGUAACUGCCAAUCUGUGUGUGUGUGAUAGGCUAGGAAAUGGAGAUAGCAGAUGGAGAUAGCAGGAGGACAGGCACAAACGCACAGGGGUGUGUGGGCAGGAGCACAUGACGCGUGUGCCGUUGAAACAAAAAGUGCCUGUUGUUUGGGUAUUGAGGAUGCCUCCACGUCCAGCUUUCCAACGCACUGCCAAAGAACAGGCUAAAGGGACACAGAGCCCCCUGGUGAAAGAAUGGCAUAUCGUUCCUUGCGUACAUUUUCCAUCAGCGCUCCUGGCGCAGGGGUCACCAGCUUUUUUGGGCCUGUGGGCACAUUUGCAAACUGGAGAAUCUGUCCUGGGCACCACGCACGCACAGCACAUUCAAGUACACACUGCAAACGUAGGGUGCAUUCAGAAGCAGAGAGUAUUGUGUUCAUUUUUCUGCUAGCACUUCUGAACUGAUUUCUAAUGUUCCUUUCACACUGCAGUGUCACAGAACUCUGGCUUUAUGGCUAAGAUACAGGCCUGCCACCACAGGUGCCAACGCCCCAAUAAAAUAUUUGAGGGGCCAAGUUAAUGGGCAUUGGCAUUCAAAUGGUGUUUGUGUGUGCCACAUCUUGUGAUUGAUUAUGCAGGGCAGGGCUUACCUGGGGCCCCUUGAAAUAUUUUAUUCAAGUUGGCACCCCUGCAUGCCGCUCUAAAUCAACAGUGGGUGAGGUGUGACAUGACAACAAGCAUCAUUGGACCACAUUGCUACUCCCCACCCCCAAAAAGUUGUUGUUGUUUUUUGUCAUGUAAACAAAACAGCCCCAAAGACACCUGAAUAGCCUCAAAACUACAGUGGUGGGGCAGGCAAGUUCCGCUCUUUUCCUACUGAGAAAGAGAGCUUCCCUUGAAAUGUAAAUAGCAGCUUCUAAGGGGCAGUUGUCGUGGUUGUGGACUGUGGAAGGGAGAGAGAGAACCAAUCUUCGCAAUCUUCGCAUGCCCCCAGCCCACCCUGUAACAGACCAGAGCUGGUCAGGCUCCGCUGUGGCUGCUGUUUACACCUCACAAGAACAAAGAUGCCAGCUGCAUCCGUGCCAUUGAGGUCCCAUCAAUUUCUGUCCUUAAAUUAGUCUUGGGGCCCAGAGAAGCAUCUGUGAGUGAGGCUGGGAGGUUUCUAAUAGGGGAAUAUAAGGUAAAAGCCCAUCUAGCCCAUCAUCUGGUUCUCACACUGGCUAACCAGCUGCCCCCAAGCAGGACCUGAGUGCAACAGCACUCUCAAAAUAAGGACGUAAGAAUUUCCCUACUGGAUCUGGCUGGCCAAAGCCCCUCUAGUCCAACACGCUGUUCUCACAGUGGCCGACCUAGAAGAUAUCCACAAGACCUUAGAGCAGCCUUUCUCAACCUGUGGGUCCCCAGAUGUUCUUGAACUACAACUCCUGUCACCCCUAGCUAGCAAGGCCAGAGCUCAGGGAUGAUGGGAGUUGUAGUCCAAGAACAUCUGGGGACCCACAGAUUGAGAACCGCUGCCUUAGAGGAACAGCAGCACUCUUCACGCCUAUGAUUCCAAGCCACUGGCUCUGACUUGAAGGAACAGCACAGCCAUUGAUAGUCCUUUCCUCCAUUUUAGCCUUAUGUACAGAAGUCUGGUGGAGGCGCUGAAACUACAGUUCUCAGUAUCAGGCAGUGGAAGGGUGUGUGGAGAAAGAGGUAGCAAUUAAACUAGUACAAAACCAGCAUCAGUUAGAUCUGACCUCGGUAAACACCCAGUAUCAUUUUGCCUGCUCAGCUGAAGUAAUGAGUUAAAUGGUGCCUUAACUUAGAAUGCCUUUCUUUUCUUCUUUUUCCCUUCUAAGUCUGAUCUGUUUCCCACUUGCCCCAAAUUAUUUUGCAAUCGAAUGACAACAUGCAGCAAUGCUGCUCUAAAGGUAACCAAGAAACUAAGAGUGAAGAAAACCAGCGCGGCACUUUCAUAAUAAAGACCAUUGAUUUAUUUCCCCAUCUGUUCUCUUUUUCCACAAGGGGAGUAGGAAGGAAGUGGGAUGUGUGUGCAGAACCAACUUUAACUUCUAUCUUGAUGCUUCUUGGGGAGCGGCGACCUUUAAAUUCAGCAUUGCUAUUUCACCCAACUGGUGCGGAAAAUAUUUUGAUGAAGGAAACUUUGGGAAAGCCAAGUGUGGAAUCUUUUGUUUCAUUUUGCUUGUUGGCACAAUAGCAAUUUCCCCUCCCCCUCCCCUUCUCUGUUUAGGGUUUGAUUUAUUCAGCCCUACGAUCCUGUAAUACCACAGCCUUGUGCAUUCAUUCAUGGGGAUUAAUUACCACUCCUGGUUCCAUUUGUGUAUAUAAAAGCUAUAUAUGUAACUUUGUAAUGUAAAUGUGUUCGUUUAUUCAUUCAUUCCAUGUUCUUGGACAUUCUGG